AUGCAGCAGCCCGCGUCCCCGGCCUCGCGCAGCGGCACCCCGCGCCUGCGCAGGCGCGACUCGUCGGCGCCCAACACCCCGCGCGCGGGCCCCUGCGGCCUCGGCGGCGUCGGGAGGCGGACCACGUUCCGGGAGGACGUCGGCCACGCGGCCGCCGAGACCUACCUCGUCACGCGCCUCACCUUCAUCCUCCUCCGCUCCCUCGGGGUAGGCUCUCGGUGGAUAUGUCAACUUCUUGCGCUCCUCAUAUAUGCAGUUUUACUUAUGCCCGGUUUCAUAAGAGUUGGGUACUAUUAUUUUUUCUCAAGUCAGGUUCUUAGAAGCAUAGUGUAUGGAGACCAACCAAGAAAUAGGUUGGAUAUGUACAUACCCACUGAUCGUAGCAAACCCAAUCCAGUUGUGGUAUUUGUAACUGGUGGAGCUUGGAUCAUUGGUUACAAGGCGUGGGGUGCCCUUCUUGGAAGACGGCUAGCAGAGCGUGGAAUUAUAGUCGCUUGCGUUGAUUAUAGAAAUUUCCCCCAAGGAACAAUAAGUGACAUGGUCAGUGAUGCUUCUGAGGCAAUUUCAUUUAUUUGUGAUACCGUUGCUAGCUAUGGAGGAGAUCCUAAUCAGAUUUACUUGAUGGGUCAAUCAGCAGGAGCACAUAUCGCCGCAUGUGCUCUCUUGGAGCAAGCAGUUAAAGAAUCUCAAGGAGAAGAAAUUUAUUGGAGUGUUACUCAAAUAAAAUCAUAUUUUGGUUUAUCUGGAGGAUACAACAUGCAAAAUUUGGUUGAUCAUUUUCAUAAACGUGGUCUUUAUCGUUCAAUUUUUCUCAGCAUAAUGGAGGGAAGGAGAUCAUUGCCACAGUUCUCUCCGGAAAUUAUUGCUAAAAAAUUAACUCAUGGAGCCAUAGCUCUACUUCCUGAGAUUGUACUUUUUCAUGGAACAGGAGAUUACUCGAUACCAUCGUCUGCUAGUAAAAUUUUUGCGGAUGUCCUCAAAAAAGCUGGUGCAAAAGCUAAAGUACAAUUGUACAGAGGAAAAACCCAUACUGAUGUAUUUGUACAGGAUCCACUUAGGGGUGGCAAAGACCCACUGGUUGAGGAUGUGGUUUCUAUAAUCCACGCCGAUGAUGCAGAUGCACGCCACAAGUAUGAUGAUUCGGCACCUAGCCCCGAGCGCCUGGUUUCCGAGUGGCGGAUAAUGUUGGCCCGGCAAAUCAGCCCAUUUUGAACAGGUAGAUUACUUCAUCAGCCAUUAAUUUGCUUGUUUAUUAUACUGUUCAACACGAAUGCACUAGAAUGCAAGAAUCUGGGCACGUGUGUUCUAAGAUGAGGAAUUGCAUGAGGUCCAGGAGAAUUGUCAUAGUUCUUUUUUUUUUUUUGAAAUUGUCAUAGUUUUGAUAAUACCAAGCAACGGAGCUUCAAGCUCACCUGUGGCAGCAUGUUCGCACUGAAUAAAAUAUAGGUUGUAGGUAAUAUAUAGCAAAAAUUCCGGGAACAUAGAUCCGCGUUUGUAUAGUUGGUACAAUUACAAAUAUGAAGCAAUUCAUUGAAAUUUAGAUAUAAUGCUUUCGUACACAAGAGACU